GGGGGUUAAUGGUGCUGUUUACCGGUUGAUGGGAAUGUUGGUGUUUUUAAAAAAAUUAAAUGUAUAAUUACGUUUUCGUUUUAAUUUAGGAAAAAGACUUUUUGAAAGUCUUAUUUAAUUACAGAUUAACGAAGUUUUUCUAUAAAUUUACCAUGGGUGAUAAUAUUGAAGAAAAACCUCCUGCUCCUCCUGUGCGCCUCACUAGUACAAGAGAUUCCACAGUUCCUGUAGAUAUGAGACCUUUGCCGAAAGAGCCUGAAGGUGAAGAAAAGAAGAAAGUGAAACUAAAACCUUCUAAAAGCACUAAAAAAGAAAGAAAAGAAUUAGAAAAGCCUGUUAUAUCCCCACCCACAAAUUUUGAACAUACUGUUCAUGUUGGCUUUGAUGCAAUUACUGGAGAAUUCACUCCAGAGGGAAUGCCAGAAUCAUGGGCAAGAUUGUUGCAAAGUUCUAACAUUACCAAAUCAGAGCAGAAACAAAAUCCUCAAGCAGUUUUGGAUGUUCUGAAUUGGUAUGAUGCUAGUACCAAAGAAAAACAGGAAUCCAAAUACAUGACUAUGAAUAGAACAAUUGCUGACAUAGUGAACAUAUGGCACCCAAGAGAUCCAUCUCCUCGUCCUAGUUAUCUUGCUGAUAAAUAUGCAACUAGUGCUGUUGUUCCUCCUCUUCCUGUAUCUCCUACUAGAAAACCAGAACCUUCUCCUCCUACAACACCAGAAGAUGAUGAUGAGCCAGAUGAACCAGAGGCUCCUCCACCUCCCAUUGCUGCAAGACCUGAGAAAACUAAAUCAAUUUAUACAAAACCAGUUGAUGAAGAAGUUAAAAAUGAAGCCCUAUCAUAUGAUAAACGAGAUAUAGCUAAUAAUAAUAAUGCUCCUGCUACUAUGACUCCAGCUCCUACAACCACCUCUAUAGUGAAAACAAGAAAAAAGAAACUAUCUGAUGAUGAAAUUAUGGACAAAAUUAGAAGUAUCGUCUCAGUUGGAGAUCCAAAUCGUCGUUACACAAAGAUUGAAAAGAUAGGAGCUGGAGCAUCAGGUACUGUGUACACUGCCAUCGAGUCUGCCACAGGAAUGGAAGUUGCCAUCAAACAAAUGAAUUUACCCCAACAGCCAAAGAAAGAACUCAUAAUUAAUGAAAUUUUAGUAAUGCGAGAAAAAAAGCAUCCUAAUGUUGUGAAUUAUCUUGACAGCUAUAUAGUUGGUGAUGAACUUUGGGUUAUAAUGGAAUAUCUCCCUGGUGGUUCUUUAACAGAUGUUGUUACUGAAACUUGCAUGGGAGAGGGUCAGAUAGCUGCAGUCUGUAGAGAGGUUCUUCAAGCAUUGCAGUUUUUACAUUAUAAUCAUGUUAUACAUAGAGACAUCAAAAGUGACAAUAUCUUGUUAGGGAUGGAUGGAAGUGUAAAGCUUACUGACUUUGGAUUCUGUGCCCAGAUUUCUCCUGAGCAGAGUAAACGAUCAACCAUGGUAGGGACGCCCUACUGGAUGGCUCCUGAAAUUGUCACUAGGAAACAGUAUGGUCCAAAAGUAGAUAUAUGGUCACUUGGGAUUAUGGCUAUUGAAAUGAUUGAGGGUGAACCUCCAUAUUUAAAUGAAAGCCCAUUAAGAGCAUUAUAUCUCAUAGCUACAAAUGGAAAACCUGAAAUCAAAGACAAAGCUAAGUUAUCACCUGUUUUCCAGGACUUCCUUGACAAGUGCCUAGAUGUGGAUGUUGACAAUCGAUCUUCUGCAGAUGAGUUAUUAAAACAUCCAUUCCUAAAACUGGCUCAACCUUUAGCAAGCCUUCAUGAUUUAAUAGUAGCAGCUAAGGAAGCUGCAAAAGGUCAUUAAUGAAAUUGUAAAUCAUUCAAAAUCUGAAACUAUUGUGCCUCAGUGUUUAUGCAUAUUUUAUAGCCCUUUUUGGAAGCUGUAUUUGCUUUCAGAAUGACUGGCAGUUCAAUGUAAUUGCUACUAAAUCAUCAUAAACUAUUAAAUGCAGACAAGAACUCUUGUGCUGCUCCUGUGAAUUGCUGUAUUUUUGCAUAUAACAGCAUUAGGCUGUGGUGUGUUCUACAGAAUAUUUGUGAUAUAUUUAAUGAGAUGGACAUUGAUUGUGAAAGAAUGUGUGGCAUGGUGAUCAUGCACUUUCUAUAUGAUAUCAGGAUAUAACUUGUAAAAUAUAUUUUAAAAGUAUGGAUGGACGUAAGAAAUGUGUGCUGUAUACAAGCAUUAAUUCAUGAAUUUUUUUUUAAUUAUUAUUUUAUUCUGUUUCAAGCAACUUUUACAUUUGUGAAUUAGUAUACAAGAUUUUUUUUUCAAUCAAAUUGACUGUAUUUAGCUUAUGUAAAGUAUGUAAAUAAAUUUGAGAUUUGAGUCAUGUUUUCACACUUGCAUCAGAAAAUUUUGACUAGGAGCUUGACACAUUCCAUAGUAACAUGAGAAUUAGUGAAUUACAGUAUAGUUUCAUAACUUUUUCAAAAUAUAUACUAUUAAAUGGUGUCAAAAGAUUUAGUUGAUAUUUUGAGUACAUUCUGUGAUUUUCCAUCCUUCAUGUUUUGCAGCUGGUUUUAAUAAUUUUGUUUUCUUUUCACAUUCCAUUUUCAUUACUGAUACGAAAUGUGAAGAGAAAAUAAAUAUGAAAUAUUUGAUUGUUUAAUAAUGCAUAGUAUAUAUUGAUAUCUGUGUAUAUUAUUUUAAGUCUAUCUUCCCUUUUUCUAGUCUGCAUUCAAAUUAUUUUCACACCUUUAUGCAUGAUUUUAGAUGUUUGCAGCUUUAUAUGUUUGUUACUCAUGUAAAGGUAUUAAUUUUGUCUGUAAAUUGUGUACUUUUAUAUGAAGGCAGUUAUUUAAGUUAUUCUAAGCAGAUUCUUUUUUUACUCCUAUUCCCCCCUCCCGAAAUUAUAAAGGUCUGCUGCUUAUUAACUUCAAAAAAAGUUUUCUAUUAACUUUUUAUUAUUUCCUUUUGUUGAUCUUAACCUUUUUUAAUUGUAAAAAUAUCUCAAAAUUGAUUUAUUGUCAUUGUUAUAUCAUUGUGCAACUAUUUAAUAUCAUAAAGACAUUUUUAUUGAUCUCAUGUGUGAAUUUAUUCAUUGUUCAUAGUUAUUUAACUGAAUAUUUUAAAUAAAUUUCUCAUGAUUCUAUUAAAUAUAAUAGACCCUCAUUAUAUGAUAAAAAAAACACAUUUCAGAAUGCAUUAUAUGCAGUACAUAAAUAUUAAGGAUAAUAUAAAGUCUGUAAAAUUUUAAAUAGAACAUCAUUUUCUUCAAUUAAAAAAAAUUAAGUACUUAUAAGAAUGGAAGAUAUAUCUAAAAUUUGAUACAUGCACUUUAGAUAAGGACUUUUUCAUUAUUUUUGGGCUUCCACUAAAUAUUGGGGCUUUUUUAUGCAUUGAAAUGUAUCUGAAGUAAAUUUUUCAUUAAUAUAAUAGUGAAAUUAUUACAUUUAUACUCCUCAGAAAAAGAUAAGGCAAUUUCUUCAAUAUUCUUUUUCAUAAUCUACAUGAAUUGUUAAAGCUGGGAAUUAACUUUUAAAUAGUAUAUCACUCUGUUAUUAGGGAACAUAUACUUUCCUGUAUAACUGAUAUGUUCCAGAGAUAAUAUUUUUGCUAAUUGAAUUAGUUCUCCUAAAACAGUUUUGUUUUGAAAGCUUAGUAGUAUUUUUUAGAUACAUAAUUAUAAAGCAGUUUGGUGCUCAGCAUUCAUUUGUAAUGAUCCAUUUGACACUAGGACUUUGAUCAUAACUUAGUCCUAUUUCUAUAAAUCCACCAUCUGAAAGAUUAAAUGUUUGAAUGUUAAAUAAAAGUUUUUUAAAAAAGGAAACAUUAAUAAAUAUCUGAGUGAGGUAUUUUAAAGGUAUCUUUUAUUCUUAAUAAGUUCCUGGUAGCUUGUUUCCAUCAUUAACAGUUGCCUAGGAAAGCCUAAAACAUGCCUUGGAAAGUUCUGGGUUGUGCUCUGCUGCCUAAAACAUGCUAUCUCAAAAGAUUUCCAUGAUAAGUCACUGCUGAAGAGGUUAAUGUAUAACACAGAAAGGUCAAAAUUACAUAUCAUAAAAUAAAUUCAUAAAAAAAUAUCCUUAAAUAUAGCUUUAGAAGUCCUCUUUGCCUUUAAAAACAUCUCAAAUUUCAAGUCAUAUAAAUUUAAAUGCAAAUAAAAGAAAAGUGACCAUUUUCUUUUAUUUUAAGGAACUGCAUGAAAUUAUUAUAAAAAACAUAUGUAGUCAUACUUUUCUUUAAUAAGAUUAUUUUCUGCCUAUAAUUUGAUCAAUUAGAUUACACACAUAUAUAAAUAAGAGGUGGCUACAGCACAGCUUGCUAGACAUAUGCAGCUCUAGAAGUUAAGUGGCUAAGCUCUUAUGCAAAACAUAUGUAAGAAAUAUGGUAAACUAAAAUUUUCAAUGUUCAGAAAAAAGUAAGACAAACUGUCAUCGAACAAUUGUUUAGAAUAAGAAUUCCUUUCCAUUUUGAAACCUAUUUCACUACUUUUAAAAUGAUGUAAACAUACACUUAGGCUUUUGGAAAAUAUAGUUGUAGCUCUUGCACUAUUUUGAAUUCCAACACUCUUACUGACAUGAAAUUUGGCCACUUCUAAUAUAUUAUUUUUAUUUUCUUAAAAUCAUAUUAAAUGGGUCAAGGAACUGUGCGAUUUAUGACUUCACUUUUCAAAAUGAAAUUUAUCAUUAUUCAGGUUAAAUAUUUUAUCGUCUAAUUAUAAACCAUUUAAAUCAUAAAAAUAGCUAUUUUAAAGGCAAAGAGGACUUCUAAAGCUAUAUUAUAUAGCUACAAAACAUCAAUGCAAAUUUCUCUUAUGAAGUGUUUGAUAAAAGAAAAGAGGUAUGAAGUCCUUGGAUUGUGUCCUGCAGAAGUGCUCACAGUCAAAACUGGAAUGAAUUUUAGGAAAACUGCUCUUGUGCUUAACUUUAGUUGAAUAAUGCGGUCCAAUCCAUAUACUAGUGCUCAUGCAUAAAGACACUGUGGAGUUUUUACAAGAACAUUUCAUUAGUUAACAUGAGCUUCAUUUGUCAAAGAAUCUGCUUAAAUCAUUUGGUUUAUUCGCAUAUAAUUGAUCUGUUAUUAAUAUUUCUAUUUUCAUGUCUUCUUUUUAAUAUUAUGUAAUGAAGUGUUUAGAGUUAAUAAUUUUAGGACCACUUUCCAAAAGUAGAUUCUUAUGAAACACAGAUAUUGAAAACUUUCAAACUGCUAAUUAUAAUAUUUCUAUCAUAUUUUCUCUUAGUUUUUUCAACAUAUACUAAUUUAGGAAAUUCCAGUAUGAUACUGCAUAAAAUAUAUAUACAGAUAGGAAAGUACAUUAUAGAAGCUAAAAGGGAAAAGAAGUAGUCAGCGAGUUGAGUAGUAAGAAUAUUAUUUAUAACAAAUUAUUACUGGAGUAUUAGUAUGUUUGUUUAAAUGUGCUAUAUUAUUCCUUUGAACUUUCUCAUAAGAAAUAUUAUAUAGUAUGUAAUUUUUCCCUUACAAUUUUCCAAAGAUAGAACUAGUAAAAAAGAGAAAUUAUUAAAUACAAUAUUAUUAUUUAAAGUGGUAAGUGAAGAUCUCUUCAAAUUGCUUGAGACUGGCAUUAUAAUUAUAUUCAUUUAAAACCAACAUGUACUAGUAGCACAAUCACUUAUAAUCACUGCCACAAAUAUUUUUCUAACACUUUUGGCAAAUUCUAUAUUGUUACGAAAUGUAAAGGCGCUUUGCGGGAAGCAGUUUUAGGGUUGCCAUAAAAUGGCAAGGGAAGGCAGGGUUGCCAUCUCACCGCGCCUUUACAUUUUGUAACACUAUAGUUAGCUCUAGUUGGAUUAAAAAGGAGUGACAAUCAGUUGGCAGAAUGUUUUCAGAUGCUGGCAGUGAUAGGAAUAUCUUAAAUACUUAAUUUACUUAUUACAACAGAAACUAAUAAAUUUUCAGAAGUGUCUCUAAU